CAUAUGUGACUUCAGUUUGUUUCGGUCUCUGCUGCUAUCAAGUACCUCGACCAUAAAGGCUCUUCGUAUCCCAUUGUCAAAGAUUGGACAUUAUCUUUAGUAAUAUCACCUAUCAUAACCGGCGAUGUCGUUGUUGUUUGCAAUUGUGCUGAGCUGCGUGUUUGUCACCAGCCAAAUCGCUGCAGAAGGAAGCGAGGUGGUUUCAUAUGCGGGAUUCCAGGUAUGGAAAAUCAAACCUAAUUCAGAAGAAGACCGACAAUUUGUUUUGAACAUCAAAGAUACAUAUGAACUUGAGCUGUGGAACGAAAGAAAAACGGCCAGGGAUCCCUUGGAUGUUCUGGUACCACCGCAGAGUCAAACAAAACUAAAGUUAAGACUGGCUGAGCACAAAAUAUUCUAUGACGUUGUCAUCAGCGACUUGCAGACGGCCAUCGACAAGCAAAAGAUCAACGUCAACAGCAACACUUCUAAUUCAAAAGCCGCAUACAAUAUGGAUUGGAUCACCUAUCAUAGACUGAUCGACAUUUACAACUUUAUGAUUUACCUGAACACCACCUAUCCGAAGCUUGUCCAGUUAACAAAAAUCGGUACCUCAUACGAAAACCGUCCACUCUACGUCCUACGAAUCUCUAACUCUUCUUUACCCGGCACAAGACCUGCCAUCUGGAUUGAUGGAGGAUUUCACGCUAGGGAAUGGAUUUCUCCAGCUGUCGCCACAUACAUCAUCCAACAGUUAGUUGAAGUGCCGGCAAACGCGAACCUCUUGUCCAACGUCGACUGGUACAUCAUGCCCGUUGUAAACCCCGAUGGUUACGAGUAUUCACACACGACUGAUCGUAUGUGGCGUAAAACUCGUUCUGUCUCCAGCACGUCAUCCUGUCGCGGUGUUGAUCCCAACCGCAAUUUUGGCUACAAGUGGGGUGGUCUGGGCGCGAGCCCUAGUACGUGCGACGAAACCUACAGAGGCCCUAAAGCCUUUUCUGAGCCAGAGACUCUUGCAAUGUCAAAUUUUAUUACAGGAAAAUCGAGUCAAAUCAAACUGUACUUGACACUACAUAGCUAUGGGCAGUACGCGUUGGUUCCUUAUGGAUACGACGUCGUGUAUCCACCUGAUUAUAACGAAAUGUUGGCACUUGCUAACGAUGCCGCAUCUAAAUUUGUGAAAUACAAAUAUACAGUUGGAAAUUCGGCCGCCCUGCUUUACGCAGCCUCAGGUGGUUCGGAUGACUGGGCCAAAUCGAUUGGCAUCAAAUACAGCUAUACCUUCGAGUUGCCAGACAGAGGAACAUAUGGUUUCAUGUUGCCAUCAUCUGAAAUUUUGCCAGUGUGUAAGGACUUCUUCCCAGCUCUGAAUGUGUUCGCCACCAAGGUGGCAACUUGCUGCGGCGCUGUCACGACCACCACGGCCAAACCUCAAGUCACGACCACCACGACCAAACCUCAACCCACGACCACCACUUCAAAAGGUACUACGACAAAGUGUUCUUGUGCCUGCGGGUAGACGAGACUUUGUUUGGCAAAUGGUUAGCUGCUGACCCC